AGGGCAAGCCAGGCCUGCCGCGCAGCCCGCCGCCAUGGAGCCCGCGCCUGCCGCACCGGGGCCUCGUCUGGGCGACUCGCGCGGCGCGGAGCGAGCGGCCGCGUCCUCUUCGCUGAACCCGACCGGGGCGGAGGCCCAGCCCCGGCGCCGCGCUCCCGCCGUGGCUGCCGUGUUGCCGGCGGGGGGGAGCGGGGAGAGGAUGGGCGUCCCCACCCCGAAGCAGUUCUGUCCCAUCCUGGAGAGGCCGCUCAUCAGCUACACCCUGCAGGCCUUGGAGAGAGUAUGUUGGAUAAAGGACAUUGUUGUAGCAGUAACUGGAGAGAACAUGGACACGAUGAAGGGUAUCAUUCAGAAGUACCAGCAUCAGCGCAUCUCCCUAGUUGAAGCUGGAGUGACCCGCCACAGGUCAAUUUUCAAUGGACUGAAAGCGCUGGCAGAGGACCAGCCUGACUCUAACCUCUCUAAGCCAGAAGUUGUGAUAAUCCAUGAUGCUGUGAGACCCUUUGUUGAGGAGGAUGUCCUUCUUAAAGUUGUCACAGCUGCUAAGGAACAUGGGGCAGCGGGAGCAAUUCGACCUCUUGUAUCUACUGUAAUCAGUCCAUCUGCUGAUGGUUGCUUAGACCAUUCACUAGAACGCGCCAGACACAGAGCAAGUGAAAUGCCACAGGCUUUUCUAUUUGAUGUGAUCUAUGAAGCGUAUCAGCAGUGUAGUGACUAUGACUUGGAAUUUGGAACUGAGUGUUUGCAGUUGGCUCUAAAAUAUGGUCACAUUAAUGCCAAACUUGUGGAGGGAUCUCCUGACCUCUGGAAGGUGACCUACAAACGAGAUCUGUAUGCAGCUGAAUCGAUUAUUAAGGAAAGAAUUUCACAAUACAUUUGCAUAGUAAUGGACACAAAAGAAGAUGAGAAUCAUGUAGGUCAUCAUCUUGAAGAAAUACUAAAAAACGAAUUAAAUCAUGUAAAAGUCACGUCUGGAGCUCUGUGUCCUCCUUGCAGAGAUCUUGAGCAAAUCAUCUUAGAGCAAUGCUACAACUAUGUUUGUGUGAAUGUUAUGUCCUUUGAUUUUGAGGAAACCCGGAGAUUACUGAACAUGCUUAAAGAGAGUAAUCUUUCUGUUUUAUAUCCCGUUGUUGUUAUUUCAGUAUAUUUUCUUGAUUAUAAAUCAGUACCUUUUGAUCAGAAAAUGGAAAACCUAAUGCAGAUUAGAGACUAUGCAAAGGAAGUGAAAAAAAGAAAUAUUUUAUUAUGCGGUCUUCUUAUAUAUUACCCACAGGAUGAGCAGAAGCUACAGGCAAGUUUAAGGCAAGGCGCCACGAUUAUUGCCACCUUAAUCAAAGAAAGAAAUUCUGGACUUGUUGGUCAGCUACUGGUAGCAUGAAGAGCACAGAGAAAAUUAUGUACUGGUGUUUUAGAAACAUUUACCUAGGUAUCUCUGUUGUGCUUCCCUCCCUAUUGUAUGUGGUAGAAUGUUUAAGUUGUCUUUUAUGUCUCACAAUUUGUAGGAUGUGAUGUUUGGGUUAUAGAAAUGAAUCAGUGUUUAUAUCUGUGAAAAAAAAUACUUUUGUGCAUGUCAAAUAUAAAUUAAUCAGAAAAUAUGCAAAUGGGAAGUAAUAACCUUCACGUAAUCUUUUGCAAAGGCAUGAAAAAUCAAAUAGAAAUCAUGAUGGAUGAGUGAAUCCUCCUAGGAAUGAGAAUUUAGAAAACUUCAACUAUGAUCUUACCUCUGUGUUAAUUAGUAAAUCACACUAUCAUGAAAUUAGUAAAAAAAAGAUUUAGAAGAUCUUUAAUUCUAAAAUUGUCCUCACUAGGUGAUAUUUGGACUUGUUUUGUAAUUUUCCACACCUUAAAAAAAUAAAUAAGAUAGCAGGGAACUCUAGUUCAGAUAGUUUCACUGUUGGCCUCACAUCACUCUAGAUCCAUAAAGGAGAUGUAAUUCCCUCCUGCUUUUCUGUUUUAAAGAGUAAGACUCUUAACCAACUGAGCCACCCAGGUGCCCUGAUACUGCUGCCUUUAAAAUCAAGUUCUUAUUCUUUCAAAUUUCCACUGGUAUAUACAUCUUAAAAGCAUAAAUGAUUUUCCCUUACAUUAAAUUUUGCAAAAAAAUAUAUAUGCAAUCAUUAGAGAUAAGUUUUAUUCUAUUUUUUUUAAAGAUUUUAUUUAUUUAUUUGACAGAUAGAGACAGUCAGCGAGAGAGGGAACACAAGCAGGGGGAGUG